UCAGGAAUCAGGUGAGUGGGAAGCCUCCAAUCCUUCUCCUCCUUCUCUCCUCCUGCUUCCAGACCAGCUCUUUCCUGGCUGGAGGUCUCAGCUGAUCGAGGCUGUCAGAGCCCAGGGCUGGCAGCUGCUUCUGCUGGGAGAAGGCAGGGGGGAGAAGAUCUUGUGCAGAGAGAGGCUGGGACUUGGCUGAGGUGGCUCCUGGGCUUUGAGGUGCACCUGUGACCCCGAGCCAUGUCCUGCAACCCUUGCUGCCAGCCCUGUGGCCCCUGCCCGCUGGCCAACAGCUGCAAUGAGUGCUGUGUCAGGCAGUGCCAGAGCUCCACCGUGGCCAUCCAGCCCUCCCCAGUGGUGGUGACCCUGCCCGGGCCCAUCCUCAGCUCCUUCCCACAGAACACCGUGGUGGGAUCCUCCACCUCCGCUGCCGUUGGCAGCAUCCUCAGCUCUGGUGGAGUGCCCAUCAGCUCCGGGGGCUUUGACAUCUCCUGCAUCACCAGCCGCUAUGGUGGAAGCAGAUGUCGUCCCUGUUAAAGCUGCUGACAAUGUCCUUGGGAUCAUUGGAGUCUGGGGUCCAAGACCUCAGAACGUGGUACUGGACUGAAGAUGGAAUCUUUGGAACAUUGUACAUUUAUGCCUUUGGGUUACUGUUGCCUUCUACCACUCUCUUCCCUUUCUCUUCCCUUCCUUUCCUUCAUCCUCACCCAAUGCCAGCCAGCUGGGUCCUCUUGGCCUUCCUCCCUCUGCAGGCCAGGCAGACAGACACCCUCACUGCAGCUUAGUGGUUGCUCCCGGUGCCCUCUGUGACCCUCCCCUUCUUAUUUAAAUUCAAUAAAGUCAUUUUACUUCCAA